AUGGGCCAGCGGAACAGCGCUAGAGUACGGCGUCGGAGUGAAACUGGCGCAGCGGAACAGCGCAAAGGUACGGCGUUCGGGGGAAACCGGCUCAGCGGAAGGGCGCAAAGGUACCUGUCUCCGGAAAUGAAUAACCGUCCCAUCGCCGUUGGCUCAUGUCUGAAGGAAUUUUUGGGGGACACGACUCUUUCAAUCGCCGAUCCGUCCUGUUUCAAGCGGCUCGGGAAUGUUACCGUUGGUGCUCCUCUCUCAGCCCCACCCGUACCUCACCCUCUCCACCCCCACCCCACCCAAAACGUCCCCUCGCCAUGGCCCCCCACCCACCACGCCCGUUCGCCAUACCCCCGCGCAUUCGUCACGUCCCUUCGCCAUGCCUCCUCACCACGCCCCCUCGCUCCCUCCCUCCCCCCUCUCCCCACGCCCCCUCGCUCCCUCCCUCCCCCCUCUCCCCACGCCCCCACGCUUCCUUUCCCUCCUCGCUUCCUUUCCCCCCUCCGCGCGCCCUCCUCUCCCCUUACCCCUCCCCACUCACCCUGGCAGGGGGCGAUGACGAUCAAGUGCAUCGACUGGCCGGCUAAGCUGCAAAUCCGAUCACUUUUUGAGAAUUCUCACAAGCGAUACGAGCCUCCUCCUCCCUUCCUCCUCCCACGCACCUUCGCACCCUCUCCCCUCCCUCCCCUCACCCCCCCCCCCCCCUCUCCACCACACGCCCCCUCGCUUCCUUCCCCUUCCCAUAACGGCCCCUUGCUCCCUUCUCCCUUCCUCACGCCCCCUUGCCGCGCUCCCCACUCCCCCCUUUCGCCACCCUGGCAGGAAUCA